AUGUGGCGGGCCAACGCGUGUCCCUUAUGGCUCUUUGCCCUGCCAGCCGGCCAGUCAGCAGUUUCGUCAGUGUUCCGGGAGGGGGCCAACGGCCUGCCCCUGGGUGGGGGGUCGCAGGGUGGCAGUGUGUUCGGGGCACUUCCUCCCGUCUUCUGCCAUGUGGCUCAGCUGCCAGACUGUAGCCCAAAAGGCUGGCAGAACAGGGAUGAGAGACUGCUGUUUGAGGAGGGGGAACUGAGUCCUGGAGGACAGCCCUGGGGGAAAGAAGGGGCUGUGGCCAGCAGGUGUAAGGACCCCAGCUGGCGGGCGGCGGGGGGCCCCCCAUGGGCAGGCGGGCAGGCGCACGUCCCUGCGGGAACAGGUGUCCAGAAGGCAGGUGUAGAAGAGGGGUUGCUGGGGGGCAUGGCUCGCUCCUUCACCCUCGUCGUGGAGGCCUGGGAUUGGGACAAUGACACCACCCCAAAUGAGGAGCUGCUGAUUGAGCGGGUGUCACACGCUGGCAUGAUCAACCCCGAGGAUCGCUGGAAGAGCCUGUAUUUCAGUGGCCACGUGGCACACCUGGAGCUGCAGAUUCGCGUGCGCUGUGAUGAGAACUACUACAGCGCUACCUGCAACAAGUUCUGCCGGCCACGCAAUGACUUCUUUGGCCACUACACCUGCGACCAGUAUGGCAACAAGGCCUGCAUGGAUGGCUGGAUGGGCAAGGAGUGCAAGGAAGCUGUGUGCAAACAGGGGUGUAACCUGCUCCACGGGGGCUGUACUGUACCUGGGGAGUGCAGGUGCAGCUAUGGCUGGCAAGGGCGGUUCUGUGAUGAGUGUGUUCCGUACCCCGGCUGUGUGCAUGGCAGCUGUGUGGAGCCCUGGCAGUGCAACUGCGAGGUCAACUGGGGUGGCCUGCUCUGUGACAAAGACCUGAACUACUGUGGCAGCCACCACCCCUGCGUCAACGGGGGCACGUGUACCAAUGCAGAGCCCGACCAAUACCACUGCGCCUGCCCUGAUGGCUACUCCGGCAAGAACUGCGAGAGGGCUGAGCAUGCCUGCGCCUCCAACCCAUGUGCCAAUGGGGGCUCCUGCCAUGAGGUGCCAUCUGGCUUCGAAUGCCACUGCCCAUCAGGCUGGAGUGGGCCCACCUGUGCCCUCGACAUUGAUGAGUGUGCCUCGAACCCAUGUGCAGCUGGCGGCACCUGUGUAGACCAGGUGGAUGGUUUCGAGUGCAUCUGCCCUGAACAAUGGGUGGGCACCACCUGCCAACUGGACGCCAAUGAGUGCGAAGGGAGUCCGUGCCUUAACGCUUUUUCUUGCAAAAACCUGAUUGGCGGCUAUUACUGUGAUUGCAUCCCGGGCUGGAAGGGCAGAAACUGCCACAUCAAUGUCAACGACUGUCGCGGGCAGUGUCAGCAUGGGGGUACCUGCAAGGACCUGGUGAACGGGUACCAGUGUGUGUGUCCACGGGGCUUCGGAGGACGGCACUGUGAGCUGGAGUGGGACGAGUGUGCCAGCAGCCCCUGCCGUGGGGGUGGCCGCUGUGAGGACCUGCCCGAUGGCUUCCGCUGUCACUGCCCCCUGGGCUUCUCUGGGCUACUCUGUGAGGUGCACGUGGACUUCUGUGAUCCCAGCCCUUGCUGGAACGGGGCGCGCUGCUACAGCCUGGAGAGUGACUACUAUUGCGCCUGCCCGGAGGACUUUGGUGGCAAGAACUGUUCCAUGCCUAGGGAGCCGUGCCCUGGCGGGGCCUGCAGAGUGGUCGAUGGCUGCGGCUUGGAGGUGGGGCCCAGGUUGCCAGGUGCGGCACCCUCCAGCGUGUGCGGCCCCCAUGGGCACUGUGUCAGCCAGCCUGAGGGCAACUUCUCCUGCAUCUGCGACAGUGGCUUCACUGGUGCCUACUGCCACGAGAACAUCGACGACUGCCUGGGCCAGCCCUGCCGCAACGGAGGCACGUGCAUCGACGAGGUGGAUGCCUUCCGCUGCUUCUGUCCUAGCGGCUGGGAGGGCGAGCUCUGUGACACCAAUCCCAACGACUGCCUUCCUGAUCCCUGCCACAGCCGCGGCCGCUGCUACGACCUGGUCAACGACUUCUAUUGUGCGUGCGAUGAUGGCUGGAAGGGCAAGACCUGCCACUCACGUGAGUUCCAGUGCGACGCCUACACCUGCAGCAAUGGCGGCACGUGCUAUGACAGCGGGGACACCUUCCGCUGUGCCUGCCCACCUGGCUGGAAGGGCAGCACCUGCACCGUGGCCAAGAACAGCAGCUGCCUGCCCAACCCCUGUGUGAACGGGGGCACCUGCGUGGGCAGUGGGGACUCUUUCUCCUGCAUCUGCCGGGACGGCUGGGAGGGCCGCACCUGCACACACAACACCAAUGACUGCAACCCUCUCCCUUGCUACAAUGGUGGCAUUUGUGUGGAUGGCGUCAACUGGUUCCGCUGUGAGUGUGCACCCGGCUUCGCGGGUCCUGACUGCCGCAUCAACAUCGAUGAGUGCCAGUCCUCACCCUGUGCCUAUGGGGCCACAUGUGUGGAUGAGAUUAAUGGAUACCGCUGCAGUUGCCCGCCAGGCCGAGCCGGUCCACGGUGCCAGGAAGUGAUCGGGUUUGGGAGGUCAUGCUGGUCCCGGGGCGCUCCAUUCCCACAUGGGAGCUCCUGGGUGGAAGACUGCAACAGCUGCCGCUGCCUGGAUGGCCGCCGGGACUGUAGCAAGGUAUGGUGUGGGGGGAAGCCGUGCCUGUUGACCAGCCAGUCUGAUGCUUUGAGUGCCCAGUGCCCGCCAGGGCAGAGGUGCCGGGAGAAGGCCCCAGGCCAAUGCCUACAGCCACCCUGUAAGGCCUGGGGGGAGUGCGGCCCCGAGGGGCCCCCACUGCUCAGCACUCCCUGCCUGCCACGCUCCAGCCACCUGGACAACAACUGUGCACGCCUCACCCUGCGCUUCGACCGAGACCAAGUGCCACAGGGCACCACCGUGGGCACCAUCUGCUCGGGGAUCCGCUCGCUGCCAGCCACCAGGGCCAUGGCACAGGACCGCUUGCUGGUGCUGCUCUGUGACCGGGCGUCCUCAGGGGCCAGCGCUGUGGAGGUGGCCCUGUCCUUCAGCCCCCCACGGGACCUGCCUGACAGCAGCCUGAUCCAGGGUGCAGCCCAUGCCAUUGUGGCCGCCAUCACCCAGCGGGGGAACAGCUCGCUGCUCCUGGCUGUCACCGAGGUCAAGGUGGAGACAGUCAUUGUGGGCAGCUCCUCCACAGGCCUGCUGGUGCCUGUGCUGUGCGGCGCCUUCAGUGUGCUGUGGCUGGCGUGCGUGGUCAUCUGCGUGUGGUGGACCCGCAAGCGCAGGAAAGCACGGGAGCGGAGCCGGCUGCCACGGGAGGAGAGCACCAACAACCAGUGGGCCCCGCUCAACCCCAUUCGCAACCCCAUCGAGCGGCCAGGUGGUGGCCUGGGUGGUGGCGGGGGCCACAAGGACGUGCUGUACCAGUGCAAGAACUUCACGCCACCGCCACGCCGGGCGGAGGAGGCGCUGCCUGGGCCAGCGGGCCACACAGGCAGUGGGGAGGAUGAGGAGGAUGAAGAUCUGGGCCGCGGUGAGGAGGACUCCCUGGAGGCGGAGAAGUUUCUCUCGCACAAAUUCACCAAAGACCCCGGCUGCUCGCCGGGGAGGCCGGCCCGCUGGGCCUCAGGCCCCAAAGUGGACAACCGUGCAGUCAGGAGCAUCAAUGAUGCAUGCUACACCGGCAAGGAGUAGGCAGUGGCACCAGCCGGGCCGGGACCCAGGACCCUUGCUGGGCGCCAUGCCACCUGCCAGGCCUGGAGGCCGAGGCCAUGUGCAUAGUUUCUUUAUUUUGUGUAAAAAAACACCAAAAACAAAAAAACAAAUGUUUAUUUUCUACGUUUCUUUAACCUUGUAUAAAUUAUUCAAUAACUGUCAGGUGGGAAACAAUGGAGUAUUCUCGGAUAGUCGCUAUUUUUGUAAAGUUUCUGUGCGUUGCGCUCGCUGUGUGGCAGGAAGGAGCGAGGGUGUCUGCAUUCUCACCAAGUUGUACACCAUUUGUUCCCAGAGGUUGUGCACUGUUUACAGAAUCUUUCUUUUUAUUCCUCACUUGGGUUUCUCUGUGGCUCCAGCCCAAAGAGCUGGUGAGACCCAUGGCUGUUGGCAUGGUCUAUGGCCAUCAGUGGGACCCAUGGCUGGUGGCUUGGCCGUCAGUGGGACUCGUGGCUGGUGUGGCCUGUGGCCAUCAGUGGGACCCAUGGUUCUUGUUGUGACUCGUGGCUGUCAGACCCAUGACUGAUGGCAUGGCUGUGACUGUCAGUGGGACUCCAUGGCUGAUGGUGUGGCUGGUGGCCAUCAGUGGACCCGUGGCCGAUGACAUGGCCUGAGGCUGUCAGUGGGACCCAUGGCUCUAGGUGGGACCUGUGGUGGUCAGUGUGACCCUGGUUCUUGAUGUGGUCCUGGUUGCCGGCAUGGCUCGUGGCUGUUGACAGCACCUGUGGUUGUCAGUGGGGCUCAAAGUCAUCGGUGUGGCCUGAGGCCAGAGCGUAGACCCUCAUGUGCUCACUGGCCAGUCCGUCCAGCCUGCCAUCUGUGCUUCCUCCUGCCCAGGACGCCUGCUCCAGAGAUCUCUCCACUGUGCUUUCAGAAGUGCCCUUCCCACUGCGCGGUUCUCUCUCCAGGACGGCGGCAGUAUUGAAGCUUGUGACAAGUGCCUUCUCACAGACCCCCUCGCAGCCUGCUGUGGGCACCAGGAGCUGCCCACCUGCCGGCCCUGACCACCCUCUCGUGAAAGUGCAUUUGUGUAAAUAUGUACAUAUUAAAUGAAUCACUCUGUAUAUUUGAUUUAAUAACUUAAAUGUUUUGGCCUCCCUG